CUGAUUUGCAUGAGACUUAUCGAUUUAGUAUAAGUCCAAUGUCUCCCAGACGACAUGUUAUACCUUGGAUAUACUGUAUAAAACGAGUGUCAUGGUGUCAUAGAGGUCCAGUACCCAUGGAGGAACUGAGAUAUGGACCCUUGACAAUCGUCUUCCUGUUGAAGACAAUCGCAACAGUCUACAGUACAACUGAACUUAUCUGUCCACCAAUCAGCGAGCUGGGUUCCGUUGUGACCUUGACUUGCAUUGGAGCUGGUGCGGCCCACGCGCAUGCCUACUCAACACCUGGCGGAAAUACUGCUGCCUCCUGCGAUCUGAGAGACGGACAGUGUAUAGACUUUGGAAACUUCAACUCAGCUGUCCUCAAUGCCAGUCAAAGUGUUCUGACAAUACCCCAUGCACAUAAGACACAUGCAGGUGUGUGGAAGUGUGUCAACGAUGCAGACUCUACAACGCCAACAACGUGUAACGUCGUCAUUGCAAGUCCAGUACCCAUGGAGGAACUGAGAUAUGGACCCUUGACAAUCGUCUUAAUGUUGACGACAAUCGCAACAGUCUACAGUACAACUGAACUUAUCUGUCCACAAAUCAGCGAGCUGGGUUCCGUUGUGACCUUGACUUGCAUUGGAGCUGGUGCGGCCCACGCACACGCCUACUCAACACCUGGCGGAAAUACUGCUGCGUCCUGCGAUCUGAGAGACGGACAGUGUAUAGACUUUGGAAACUUUAAGUCAGCUGUCCUCAAUGCCAGUCACAGUGUUCUGACAAUACCCCGUGCACUUAAGACACAUGCAGGUGUGUGGAAGUGUGUCAACGAUGCAGACUCUACAACGCCACCAACGUGUAACGUCGUCAUUGAAGGUCCAGGACCCAUGGAGGAACUAAGAUAUGGACCCUUGACAACCGUCUCAAUGUUGAAGACAAUCGCAACAGUCUACAGUACAACUGAACUUAUCUGUCCACAAAUCAGCGAGCUGGGUUCCGUUGUGACCUUGACUUGCAUUGGAGCUGGUGCGGCCCACGCACACGCCUACUCAACACCUGGCGGAAAUACUGCUGCGUCCUGCGAUCUGAGAGACGGACAGUGUAUAGACUUUGGAAACUUUAAGUCAGCUGUCCUCAAUGCCAGUCACAGUGUUCUGACAAUACCCCGUGCACUUAAGACACAUGCAGGUGUGUGGAAGUGUGUCAACGGUACAGACUCUACAACGCCACCAACGUGUAACGUCGUCAUUGCAAAGGGACCAUCAUGCACCAUGACUGGCGAUAGGAAUACAAGUGCACUUAGAGUUGAUGACGUCAUCACGCUGACGGUGAACAUCAACGACUACUUCUCGACCGAACUUGCAAGGAUUGCCCUGGUUGUUGGAAAUAUUCAUAUAAUCUCCAUCAGUAAGUUCGUUACCGAAAUGACGAACGAGACACUCGUGACAACGUUGCAGCUACGCGAGGAUCAUUUCGGAAACGUGACUAUAACCUUCGACAGCGUUGAUAAGAACCAGAGUCAAACAUGCGGCCGUCUUGACCAACUGAUUUCGGGGCUGGUGAAUACCUUUGAUGACGACAGUACAGGUGGUAAAGAGGAACAUUGCCGCUCCACAAUUGUCAUUGCCGGAACAGUAGGUGUCGUCGUUAUCGUCAUCAACGUCCUCGCUGUCAUCGUAUGUCUGCGGAGACAUCACUGUCAGAACAGACAACCACCGUAUACGCCCCGGGCAGCAGAGCCUCUGACUACGGAUACGGGAUAUGCCACCGUCGAUGAUGUGGGCUAUGCAAGUGGUCAAUACCUACGCCCAACUGUUGACUAAGUCAUAGAUUCAUCAUUCUAAACAGAACCCACGCUCCUUUCCGUGCCAGCAUCGGACUAUUGUACUACAGACAAAUACUACAACCUGCACAUACUGGAAGGAGACACACUUUGUGCUUACUGAGGAGUGAGUGAGUGAGUUAAAAUUUAUCAUCACAUCGGCAAUAUUUCAGCCAUAUCGUGACGAGAUCA